AAACCCAGUAAAAACACACAUCUCCCCAAACCCCUUCUACGUAAUCCAACUGAAUUAGAGGAUUUUGAAGUGGAUUUAAAACUAAAUCUUGAUUAGGGAGAAUUUCUCUCCAAGAGCUGCUGCACUGUAGUAUUAAUGGGAAGUGAUCGUGGACAGAGGAAAUAGGACAGAAAUAACUGAGGGUAGCACAUAUGCACUCAGGUCUGUGCAUGAACUGAAAGAAUCGGAGAAUUUCUCAGGAGGAAAAGGGAGAAAUUAAGCAUUGGCAUAACGAGACCAGGUGCCACGGGGCUGGCCGGAGAAGUGAGGCGCAGCCAGAUCUCUGCUGAACUGACGGCAUCUCCCUUUGUUCUGGUGGAGGGUUUUGCAGGUGAAAAGCAAGCGGCGUGCACGGCCCGGGGAAAGAGCCAGGAGGAGAGGACAACUCUGCCUGCUGCCCCAGACACCGGCGUUUGCCCUCCGAGCCCCCCGCGGGCUCUGGGAGCCGACCCCCAUGCUCUCAGGACACAUGCCUGGAGGUGCCCAUGGGAUCCUCUCUCUGAUGACUGUGGUGUUCGUCCUCCCGGAGGUGUCCGGACUCCAGUGUUAUGGCUGCAACAUCAUCGUUGGCACCAAAAACGUGGACAUGGGGUGCUCUAACCCAGAGGUGAUCACCUGUUCCCACUCCCACCAGGGAUUCAAACACCGGUUCUGCAUUAAGACAGAGAGCGUGGUCCUGGGCAUCCUGCUGACCAGCGGCUGUGCCACCUCCCGUCACUGCCAGCAGCAGGAGCUGCCGGGGGUCCGCAUCCACUGCUGUGACACAGACCUCUGCAACGGCUCCCCCAGAGCCCCCCAGCCGCCCCCUGGCCUCACUGGCGGCUGCCUUCUGCUGCCCUGCAUCCUUGCUGCCCUGCUCCUCACCUGAGCCCCCCAGGGCUGGGAGGGCCAUGGGACCCUCGGGGGGGGGGGGGGGGGGCAGGAGCAGAGAUGCCCCCAUCCCUCUCUUACAGGUGGACAGGACGCCUCCUCUCUCCUCUCCUCAAUAAAAGGUGCCGAAGGCUUUACCCUGGAAAGGUUUCGGUGAUGCCCCGGUGGUAGGGCUGCCUUGCGGGGAGGGCAGGGGCCUGGGGGUCCCCGCUCCAGGCUGGGGUAUGAGGACCGCGGGGUCAGGGGUACCCACGGCCACCUGUGGGUACCUGUGGGGGCUCUGCCCACGACCCCACGGGGUGUCGAGCCCAGCUCUUCCCACGAGAGGGCAUCCACUGCCCAGGGGGGCUUCGGGGUGCAGGGCUGGGGCACCCACACUGGGCAGCACCUUCAGUCGGGUCCCAUGGGAUGGUUGGGUGGUGGGAUGGGGAUCAGGGUGCUCACUUGAAAUGAGUGGUUUUUGCAGAUGUUAUCCCAACCAAAGAGGCCAAAUGGGAGCUUUAACAGAAAAAUCUCAUCCUGUACGGAUCGGAGCCCGAGUGGCUUGUUCAAGGUCAUCAUGGGGGUUUGUGGUGGAGUUGGGAAUUAAAUGCAUAUGUCUGAAGAGCCAGCCUUGUGCUUUUAUCACCAGGGAAACAGCAUAAAUCUUACUGGUGAGAAAUGAAUGAAAUAUUUUUAUUCUAAUCUUUUUCUUUAGAUUAAAAAAAUAAUGCAAAAGACCUUUUCCAUGCAAAACAA